AUGGGUGUCGCAGGGGAGUGGCAGGGGCCCGUGUCCGAAGAUGCAAACGGAGAGACAACAGGGUCUUCUGAGGGUAACAGGGAACGUGAAGCACCGGUGGACGAUAUCGAGGACGAGCGUGUUUUCAAGCUGAGGAAGAAGGCGGUUGGCAUUGGAUUGGGAGAGUUAUAUGACCCGGGAGUUAUACCUAUCAAGCUGAAAGUGAAGAAAGAGUCGACGGAACCGCAGCCUGCUCCAUCGAAGACUGUUGUUCACAAGGUCUGCCUGGCUGACAGCGAUCUGGACAGCCCGCGUACAGCCUGA